AUGGCAUUCUUGCACCUCCUGGUGACCUCGCUCUCGAAUGAUCUUGCCUUAGCUUCACCGUCUCCUCGCGACACCAUCGAUCACAUCCCUGACAUUCGUUCCCUGUCGAGCAUCAUCUACAGCUGCAUCUUCACCGUCGCUGGGUGUCUAUGGAUCAGCGUCCGACCAAACAUACCCUCUCCCAAUCAUUCAAGACUUCGUAUCCUUCGUUCCAAGCUCAAUAUAAUGUUUUGGGUCCUCGCCUCUCCGGAUUUCGUUGUGUUUUGGGCAUUCAGGCAGUGGUUGGAGGCGAGCAUCCUAGCGAAGAAAUAUCGAGAUAGAGGAUGGACGAGAACCCACGGCCAGUUCGUGAUCAUAGGCGGAUUCAUGCUGUACAGCGAAGGACGCCCGCUUCAGACGCUCUCCGUGCAGAAAUUCAACGCCCUGCUCAGCGAAGGGGCUAUAGAAUUCCCCAGCAUCACCGAGAGCGAGAUCCGUGCCCGUGGCCAGCAAAGUCCCAUCCUCACUACCAUCGUCGGCCUGCAGGCGUUGUGGUUCGUCAUCCAAUGCAGUGCACGGUUCAGCAGCCACCUCUACGUUACGCACCUCGAGCUGCUCACACUCGCGCUCGUCGUCAUCACGGCUCUCCUUUAUGUCGUAUGGUGGGACAGACCCCUGGACGUGGGGCAUGCCGUGCGUGUGGACCUCAAGUACGAUUACCCGGGGCUGGCGGAGCUUGGGGAGGAGAGGACGGAGAGAUACGAUUUUAUCAGAGAGAAGCGGAUUCGUGGGCAGGCGAGGAAGCUUCUCGCCCCAGAGCCUCCAGCGGUCAAGCGCUCGCGGUCGUACCUAUCAAUGGCGUUUAGCCUGUUGUUUAGGGUGUUUAUCGGCUGGCCGUUCCUCAGCAUCAUAGAAGACGUCGGCGCCCUCGUUUUCAGCGUCGAUUCUGCCAGCAUACCCGAAGGUUCAUUGCAUCCACCUCUAUUUUACUGCCCCGAAACCUCUGUCAUCCCAUACCACGUUCUUCUCCCUAUCACCAGCCUUCUCGGGUGUGCAUUCAACGGCGUCAACAUUAUCCUUUUCUCCUCAACCUUCCCCUCGUCAGGCGCAGAACUUGCCUGGAAGAUUGGCACCCUCGUUACAACAGGUUUCUCGGGUCUGUCAGUGGCCAUCUACAUCGCCCUCCUUUUCAAUCAGAUCAUCCUGGUGCGCUUCUCGGCGCGAUUUCUCGAGAUUUGGUCGAAUGUCUUGUUGACCUUGACCUUGAUCGUCCUGUGUUGUGGAUUCUUGGCAUUCCUUCCGGCAAGGAUCACCCUCAUUGUCGAUGCAUUCGUGUGUUUGGGAUCGCUGCCGGAGACAGCGUUUGACGUUGUGUCAUGGACGACGUAUAUUCCGCAUUUCUCGUAG